AUGGAGUCGGAGUUGAUUUACGGCCCAGAUCGUCUUCCCUGGCGAGAAACGGUGUCUGAGAUGGCCGUUACGAAGGACGGGGAGCUGCUCGUAUCUCCACCAUCGGCCGACCCGCUCCAGCUGCCCAGCUAUCCCUGUGUGGCCAGCAGGGCCGGCGCUGACGAUCAUCUCUACCAACUCACUUCUUCCGGUCACGCACCGGAACAGCGUGACAAAGCUCUGAAAGAAAUCCUGGCCCAUCUCUCGAAGGAAAACGCUCUCCUGCUCUCGGCACAAGGCGACCCGCAUUUUAGUGUGGAUACUAUACGAGAGUACAUGUCCAACGGCCGCCUUUUUCUUGGCGGAGGUGACCCGUACGUGAACGGGCCAUGCGACCACAGCAUGAAAUGGAUGGAGCGUAGUUUGCUAGACCUCCUGGCCUCGCUCUGGCACGCCAAGUGGCCUCACCAUCCCUCUGAUCUCGACAGCUACUGGGGUCACCUAAUGAGCAUCGACACCACCGAAGGAGCCUAUUACUGUCUGCGAAACGCCAGGGACUACCUCAGCGGAAAAUUCAUCGACGAGGCGUUUGAUAUUUCAUUGGACACUGGCAAACAGGAUCCGCGUGGAGUCGACGUGUACAGUCAGGGCAAGUAUGAUACCCAGACUCCAAACGCCUACAAACCGGUAGUGUUUUUCACUUCAGAAGCCCAUCGCUCCUUCAGUAAAGCUGCCCACACUGUCAAUAUGCCAACCUUCCACACGUUAGGCACAGCUCGCUAUCCUGACCAGUGUCCUCUUGGUAGUGUCUGGCCUCAUUUUGUUCCCUGUGAAGGUGGCGACGCAGGGCCUGGUACGGUUGACAUUGAAGCCCUGGCAAAACUGGUCGAUUUCUUCUCUGGUAAGGGGCAUCCUGUGGUUGUCGUUCUCAACUACGGCUCACACUUCAAGGGUGCGUGUGACGACGUCAAACGAGCAGGAGAGGUACUCGUUCCAAUCCUCAAAAAGAACGGGAUGUACGAGCGUUCGCUUCACAUCAAAAACGACACACUUGUCACGAGAAGAGGAUUCUGGUUCCAUGUGGAUGGAUUCCUUGCGGCGUUGUACAUGCCUUUCCUGGAAAUGGCGUAUCGAAAGGGCCUGACACCGCAAAAACCUGGACCCGUGUUUGAUUUCCGUCUCGAGUUUGUCACGUCCCUUGCCGCGAAUUUCCACACGUGGGGUGGUUCUCCUUGGCCAGCGGCAGUGUUCAUGACCCGCUCGAGCCACCAACUCCGCAAGACUAAGGACUUCUUUGGGUUUUUCGACACUGUACUCACUGGAGCCCGCAACGUCUACUCAAUCAUCCUUCUCUGGACGCAGUUUGCCACUACUGACUUUACGCAGGAGGCAAAGAGAGUCGCUGAGUAUCUUACUGCAGCCGGGAACAUUGAGAAGGAGUUGGAAAAGUUGGAGGUGGAGAUUGGAGUCAAUCUUUGGGUGAAAAGGGAGCCUUACUCCUUUGCGAUUCGUUUCUUAAAGCCGUGCAAAGAGAUUGUGGAAAAAUACCAUCUUGCCACGCGCUCACUCGAAAUCGAGGGCCAACUGCGUGACUAUGCACAGAUUUGCAGAAUGGAUGAAGAGAGAGCAAAUGCUCUACUGGAGGACUUGCGUCAUUCUAGCGCAUUCUCGUUAAUUGUUACGUAA